AUGUCGUUCUUCAAGAAGCUCAAGAAGGACCUCGUCGAAGAUCUCGGCAAGCUAGGUCUUGUCGACAAGGAGGAAAAGCCGAGCACGCCGAGCUACUCCGCUUCGCGCGAUUACUAUCCCCCUCCUCAGCAGCAGCCGCCGCAACAAUCCUAUUCCCCUCAGCCUCCUCAAGGAGAGUCCCAGCAGCCUCCCUACCACGGCGGCAGCUACGAACACCCUCCUCCCCAGCAGUCCGGCUACCAAGGAGAGUACUCUCCCCAACAGCCAGGCUACACUGCCCCUCCCGGCGUUCCUAGCUACACUUCCAGGCCAGCGCCGCCUUACAACCCUCCCUCCGACAAGCCGCCCCUUCCGUCUGGCUGGAACCCGAAGUGGGACGACGAGUAUCAGAGAUGGUAUUACGUUGAAGAGGCCACCGGCCGCUCGCAAUGGGAAGCCCCCGGUUUUGAGAGGUCCAGCCUCGCUUCCGGUGGUGAGCAAGAGACCCGCGGCUACGGCGAUAGUUCGUAUUCUGCUCCCCCGCAACAGUGUGGCGGAGGCGGUUACGGUGGAUAUGGAGGAGGCCACAGUGGUGGUGGUGCCCCCGACUAUGGAUAUGGCGGACAACCCCAGCAGCAGUAUGGCGGUUACCAGCAGCCCCCGCCGCCGCAAAGCUACGGUGGUUAUGACCAGCAUCAGCAGCAGGCGUAUGGUGGCGAGCCGGUAAAGGAGAAGAAGAAGGAUAAUAGUGGUCUGUACAUGGGUGCAGCUGCUGGUCUGGCUGUUGGCGCUAUUGGUGGCGCCGUUAUUGCUCAUGAGCUUGCCGAAGACUCCGACUCCGAUAAUGAGCAGCGCUCCGCUCCUCCUCCACCACCUCCCGCUGCCUAUGGCGGCGACAAUUACUACGGUGGCGGUUACGGUAAUUACGGCGCUCCGCCUCCCCCUGCCCCUGAGGAGCCGCCUCUUGAUGGUCCCAUUCCGACGCACAAUGUGUAUGGUGAGGAGAUCGACCGGAGUGAUCGCGAGUCGAUCGCUUCCGCCCGUAGGGAUUACGAGGAGGCUCUAGAAGAGGCACAGUCGUCUUCUGCCAGCAGUAGUGACCUGGAAGAGCUCCAGGAGGCGAGAGAGGAGUAUGAAGAAGAGCUUGAGGAGGCGUACUAUGAUGACUGA